GACUCAGUCUUGGAGACACAAAGUCCGGAUUCACGAGCAGGGUCAUUCAUUUCGCAGCAGGGCGGUGCGGAGACGCUUUUAUAAUAACAAAGAAGGGCUGACUUUGAUGGUACAGUCAAAACAGUCUAUAUGUUCUGCCUGAAUGAACCGGAUACUGGAGCGAAUUCAGCUGACGACCGACGGGAACUUCUAAUGGACAUAUAAUAACAUUAUUCACUCUCUAAAAAGCCUUGCACUUACAUUUGCUGGCAGACAGAUAAUUCAAUAUUAUUUCUCACUCCAAGGGGAUUAAAGGUGUUUUUCUCUUACUGUAUUUCGCGCGAGGGCAAAAUGAAGAUGAAAUCUAGAGAGGAGAGUUUGAAUACUUCUGGAGAAUGUGACGGGUCCAAUGACUUGCUGACAGGUAACCCUCCCUCAGGCCAGAGCAGAAAGAACAUGAAGCAGCGCUUCCUCAAACUUCUGCCCUGCUGUCAUGUGGACUCCACACCAGUCAGGCAAAACAGUAUAGAGGAGGAUUUUGAGCUUGCCACUGUGUGCUACAGGCCGGAUAGUCUGGAAAAAAUGAUGGAACAGACCAAAUUCUCUAAAACAGAGCUACAAAUCCUCUAUAGAAGUUUCAAAAAUGAAUGUCCCUCUGGAUUAGUAAAUGAAGAGACUUUUAAGUUAAUCUACUCUCACUUUUUUCCUCAUGGAGAUUCUAGCGCAUAUGCACAUUUCCUGUUUGAGGCUUUUGACAGACACAAAAACGGAGCAAUAAGCUUUGAGGACUUUGUGGUUGGCCUGUCAAUCAUCUUGCGUGGUACCGUCACUGAUAGACUGUGCUGGGCCUUUAGUUUGUAUGAUCUUAAUAAAGAUGGCUGCAUCACUAAAGAGGAGAUGAAUGAUAUUAUGAAGUCUAUUUAUGAUAUGAUGGGGAAGUAUACGCAUCCGUGCAUGAAGGACAGUGCACCUAGAGAACAUGUUGAAAGUUUCUUCCAGAAAAUGGAUCGCAACAAUGAUGGUGUCGUCACAAUGGAGGAGUUCCUGGAGUCGUGUCAAAAGGAUGAGGCCCUCAUGGAGUCCAUGCAGAUGCUGGAUCACGUGAUUUAGCUCUGCAUGACGAUCUCUGGAAGUUUUUUGAUCUGUUGUGGUGUCUGCCUGAUGACUUCCUCCAUCUUGCACCUACUAAAAAAGAGCGACAGUGAACACCUGAGCAGGUGCAAAGUGAGCAUGCCAUGUUAUUUUACACCCUGAGGAUGAAAUGAUGUCUUUGACGAUCAGCUGUUGUGCGCCACUGUCUUUGCAUUGUUUUUCUUCGUUUAAUAUAAUGUGAAGAGAUAUUUAAAGCCAGUUCAACAAAAAAGCUCUUUCGUUUUUUUUAUGUUUACUAGUUAUACAGUAUAUAAGUGCACUAACACCUUAUAUCAUAUCACUGUUAUGUUUCCCACAGAUAGGAAUGUGUGAAAAAUACAAUCUACAGGCAUUAUUCAUGUCAGAUGUAAUUUAUUUAGAUUAUGUUGUAACACAAUACUUUAAAAUAUGUGUAUAUGCAGCCAUUUACAAUCAAUAUCACUGAUGGGAAAGAUUAUGGAAUUGGCUGAAUUCGACGUAACGGACUAUGCAAAAGUGCAAUAGUUUUUGGUAGAUUCGCACUAAUGAUGUUUUAAAUUCUCCCUAAUAAAUACAUUUAUAUAUUUAUGUUUAUUUAUCCUUUUCUUUUUUAUGGAUUUCAGUUCAUGUAGUAUAUUUAUUUAGUUCAUUUUGUAUAUAUAUCGUUUAAAUGUCAAUUAUAGACUACCGUAACAUUUUGAGUAGAUGAUGCAUUUGUUAAGAUGUUUGAGCU